AUGGAAAACAAUCUUGACCCACAGCAGUCGGUCAGCGGCAAACCCAGUGAUUCAACGGAGCAUACCAGAGACGUGGAGGUUUUGGGACGUCGGGGCCACAAGAAGAAGUGGUGGAAUAUGAACGUUGUGGUGAAUGAUGAAAGUGGCUGCUGUACCAUCACGACUGCAUUGCUUAUCAAGCUAGGCUUGAAUAACAAGGUCGUGUUCCCUUUUGACGACGGCCACAACUGUGAACACAAAACCUUAGGCAGGACCCGACUGUUUCUCAGUUGCGGCAGUGGAACGGAACCAACACCAUUCUGCAUUCUGAGGAGCGACAAGAUUGCAGCAGUCAUGACCGGUCAUGAGAAGGUCUGGAAACAACCUUCUAUCCGCGGUUAUGAGAGCUCCAUCGCGCCUGUGGUUUUCGACCCAAUGACUAAAGAACAGGAAGAAGAACAACGACAAAUUGAUGCGGAGGAAGAUGCUAGAGCUCUUCGGGAACUGGCUGCAUUAGUUGAGAAGGAACGGGCCAGUUUUCGGGAACUUAUCCAGAGUCAGACAAGUCAGGGCCAACAGGGCGAGCAACGCGCAAACCAACAGGAUGAGCAACACACAAGCCAGCGGGUGGAACAACAUACGAACCAACAGAACUUACAGCAGAACCACAGGGCCUAG